AAUAGACUUAAACACAACGUCACACAUUUAUCCUGCAAGGGGCUUAACAUCAGAAAGGGAAAAAACACACACACACACAAGGCUUUCGUACGAACUGUUGUACUCUUCCAACAGCGGCGCUUUUUCUUUAAAUGAAGGCUGAUCCUUGCGGUCGCGUUUCCUGUGGACUCUUUUUUUUAUAAAUUUUUGACACAACAAAGGAAACAAUAAUUGGUCAAAACAACGUGGUGGUGAACCAAGAAGGGAAAACACACCGAAACAGCGCUUUCCAACGCCGGCCCCCCUUUUCUCCUCCUCGCAAGACGUUUCCAGCCGUGGUGAAAAAAACUGAAGUUGAGCAGGAUUUUUUUUUCCUGCCCUUUUCCUUACUAGAAUUUACUUGUAUUUUUUUUCCAGACUGGGAGAAAAGACAAACCAUCUAUGUAUCUCGUGUCUGAAAACUUCAGACUGAUGUAAGUGAACACCCUAUGUGGGAAGCAAUGGACAGACAGCCUGUUUACUGAAAAGGCGGAAAAUAAUCGAUGUGAGAGCUUGUAGGGAGUGUUUUUGUCUGGUUUUUAAAGUAUUUCCCCGGCUGCGGGUCGCAGAGGAGCACGGAGAGGAAGAAAGGAGCGGACAAGAGCAGGACAGAAACGGGAAUGAUAUGGACCAAGCCUCAGACCAGUGAGCUUCUCUUGCAUGGAAACCCUGCUUCCUUGGCAGCCUGUUCCUCUCUCUAGAGCUCACGGCCAGCAUGGCAGGAUGAGCCUCUGCCAGCAACGAUGAUGGCCAAAAAGCAAGAUCCGCGGCCACCCACCUACAACCUGGUUGUGCUUGGGCUGUCCGGCACAGAGAAGGAGAAAGGGCAAUGCGGUGUGGGCAAGUCCUGCCUGUGUAACCGCUUUGUCCGGCCAAGUGCAGAUGACUUCUACCUAGAUCACACCUCUGUUCUCAGUACCAGUGACUUUGGAGGGCGUGUAGUGAACAAUGACCACUUCCUAUACUGGGGAGAGGCUGUAAGGACAAUGGAGGAGGGGUCAGAAUGCCGUAUAAAUGUGGUGGAGCAGACUGAGUUCAUCGAUGAUCAGACGUUUCAGCCACACCGAAGCACGGCACUGCAGCCUUACAUCAAGAGGGCAGCUUCCACCAAGCUGGCUUCAGCUGAAAAGCUGAUGUACUUUUGCACAGAUCAGCUGGGGCUGGAGCAAGACUUUGAGCAGAAACAGAUGCCGGAAGGCAAGCUUAUGGUGGAUGGCUUCUUACUCUCUGUAGAUGUUAGCAGGGGUAUGAACCGUAGCUUUGAGGAUCAGAUGAAGUUUGUUACCAACCUAUAUAACCAGCUAGCAAAAACAAAAAAGCCUGUGGUUCUGGUCCUUACCAAAUGUGAUGAAGGUGUUGAGCGGUAUAUUAAAGACUCACACACUUUUGCCCUAACUAAGAAGAAUCUACAGGUGGUAGAAACCUCAGCACGUUCCAAUGUCAAUGUUGACCUAGCCUUUUUUACACUGAUUCAAUUAAUAGACAAGAGUAGGGGAAAGCCCAAGAUUAUCCCCUACUUUGAGGCACUGAAACAGCAGAGUCAACAGAUUGCCUCAGCCAAAGACCGCUAUGAGUGGCUGGUCAACCGAAUUGUAAAGAACUACAAUGAGACAUGGCCUGUUGUCAGUCGGCGCAUGCAGACUGCCCCCGAGUACAAGGACUAUGUUUUUCUUGAGGGCACUGCUAAAGCCAAGAAGCUCUUCCAGCAGCAUGUGCAUAGACUUAAACAAGAACACAUAGAGAAACUUAGGAAGCUCUAUCUAAGUACUCUGCCACAGGCACUGUCUACACUCUUACCACAGUUGGAUGAGAUAGACCACUUGAGCUGGUCUGGAGUUCAGAAAGUCCUGGAGACUAAAAGAGAUUUCUGUCAGUGGUUUGUUGUGCUAGAUGAUACACCUUGGGAGACCACAACACACAUUGAUAACAUGGAAGAUGAUCGCAUCCCACAAGACCUACUGGAGACACCAGCAGCGGAAGCCAUUUAUGAGUCCCAUCUGGAGCAGCUAAGGAAUGAGCGGAAACGGGCUGAAAUGAGAUGGGAGUUCAAGGAGAAGUUAAGUGUCUCUCCUUUUAUCACACCAGGGAAGCCAUGGGAGGAGGCCAGAAGCUUCAUCAUGAAUGAAGAGUUCUACCAGUGGCUGGAUGAAGCUGAAUAUCUGGAUAUCUACAAUAAACACCAGAAAGAAAUCAUCGACCGGGCCAAAGAAGACUUUCAAGAAUUGCUCCUUGAAUAUUCUGAGCUCUUUUAUGAGUUAGAGUUGGAUGCAAAACCGAGUACAGAGAAAAUGGGAGCCAUUCGAGAAGUGCUGGGGGAGGAGCAAAGAUUUAAGGCCCUUCAGAAGCUGCAGGCAGAAAGGGAUGCUCUUGUACUGAAACAUAUCCACUUUAUCUAUCACCCCACAAAGGAAUCCUGUCCCAACAAUCCACACUGUGUGGAUACUAAGAUAGAGCAGAUACUGGCCUCCAGAUUCCCAACUCGGUACCCUUCAUCAGACUGUGCGAGACUGGAAGGGGGGAGAGCUGAACGGAUAAAUCUUGUCAUUCUAGGAAAAGAUGGGCUAGCCAGAGAGAUGGCCAAUGAGAUAAGAGCCUUGUGCACCAGUGACGACCGGUACGUGUUAGAUGGAAAACUGUAUGAGCUGACCCUCCGUCCCAUAGAGGGCAAUGUACGCCUCCCAGUUAAUUCCUUCUACACACCAACCUUUACACCGCAUGGCUGCCUAUGUUUGUACAAUUCAAAGGAAUCUCUCUCCUAUGUUGUUGAGAGUAUAGAGAAGCUUAGAGAGUCGACUAUUAGCAGAAGGGAAAGGGAAAACAGCUUAUCUCAACUGCCACUGUCCCUCCUUCUGGUCACCAAGAGGGGGGUGGGGUCCAUAGGGGAUAUUGGAGGGGAGACAGCUCAAACUCUCAUACAACAAGGGCAGCAGGUAGCUGCAAAGCUACAGAGUUCUUACCUAGACCCUGCCUCUCCAGGCAUGGGUUAUGGCCGCAAUGUCAGCGAGAAGCAGAUCACUCAGAUGUUGAAAGGACUCUUAGAAAUACGUAGAAACAUAGGGAGCAGCUCCCCUCCACUACCUCCUCCAUCCUCCAGAGACUCUCAGUCCCAGUCAAUGCUCGAGGCAGACCUGAGGAUAGUCAUGUGCCUGAUGUGCGGAGACACCUACGACCUAGACCAACUCCUUGCUCCCUUCCUUUUGCCCCAGCAUUGUCGUCCUUCCUCAAGCCUCGGUGGUGGCACCUCUGUUCUGCUGGAUCUUAGUAUAGGAGGUCAGAAGCAGAAUAUCGAGCUGUCAUUGCUCUCCUUCCAUUCCUCAUUAGCCCUUCGCAAGGCUGGGCUCGUCCAUGGCUACAUUGCUGUUUACUCUACUCGCCGCAAGGCCUCUUUGGAGACAUUAUGUGCUUUUCUGUGUGAGGUACAAGACAUCAUCCCAAUCCAGUUAUUAGCAGUAGGGGAGAGCCAGAUGGAGCUGUCAGAUUCAGACUCUGCUAAGGAACAAGUUAUUCAGGGGGAAGAAUUGGCUCAUGAAAUAGAGGCAAGAUUUAACACGGUAAUAUGUGGACAUGGUGGCGUAGUAGGUGGUCUUCAUAAGAUAGAUCUCUUCCAGCCUUUCUUAAAAGAGGCGAUGGAGAAGCGCACCAUUGUUGAGGCCACACACAUGUAUGACAAUGUAGCAGAGGCAUGCACCAAUGAGAGCGUCAGCCCUCGUGGUGGCUCUCCCAGCCCGGUUACACUUUUGGACUCAGAAGAUGAUAUUGAUCCAUCACCUCCUUACCCUACCCUGAGGGAGGAUACUCUCAGCUCCCAACUGGGAAGCUUCAAGCUGUCAGAAAUGGAUUCAGAUGAUCCCUUCUCUUUCAUUUCCGAGCUUAGCACUUUUGAGAGCAAGGUGAACAACAAAGUUCCUCCACAAGUGAAGCCCAAGCCAGUCCUUAAGGUUAAUCUUGGCCCUUACAUGGACCAACAGGGAGGCACCAACCGCCGCUCUUUGCCCCAAGCUGUCACCUGGGCCCGAGGUAGUGAUGGUGGCUAUGACCCCUCAGACUAUGCUGAGCCAAUGGAUGCUGUGAGCAAACCUAGACACACAGAAGAGGAAAAUAUUUACUCUGUCCCACAUGACAGCACACAGGGCAAGAUUAUCACCAUCCGCAAUGCCAACAAGGGUCAUUCAAAUGGGAGUGCUGGGGGGAAUGGGUCAGACAGUGAAGCUGAUAGCAGUUCACUGGAGCGCAGAAGAAAAUUGUCUGCGAUUGGCAUUAAGCCUAAGCUUUACAGAGACAGAUCCAAACGGCUUGGGAAGUUCAGCAAUUUUAGGACGAGCUUUUCUAUCGGCAGCGAUGAUGAGAUGGGGAGUUCAUUCAAGGCGAGCCAGGAUGACGAAGGACUUAAGAAAGACAACUCCACUGAGGAUAGUGAGGAUCCUAAAAAGAGAAAUAUUCUCAAAAGCCUGCGCAGAACUAAGAAACCACGAUCCAAACCCAGGCAUUCCAUCUCAAAACCUGGCUACUUUGGCAUGCCACUAUCCACUGUGGUCACUCCUGAGAGACCAAUCCCAGUCUUCAUCGAGAAGUGCAUCCAUUUCAUUGAAACAACGGGCCUGAACACAGAGGGCAUCUACAGGGUCUGUGGGAACAAGGCAGAUAUGGAGAGCAUGCAGCGGCAAUUUGAGCAAGACCACAGCCUCGAUCUGGUGGAGAAAGACUUCACCAUCAACACAGUGGCAGGUGCCAUGAAGGCCUUCUUCUCUGAGCUACCUGACCCUCUGGUGCCCUACAGCAUGCAGACAGAGCUGGUGGAGGCCUUCAAGAUCAACGACAGAGAGCAGCGCUUGCAGACGAUGAAGGAUGUUCUGCGCCGCUUCCCUAAGGAGAAUUAUGAGGUCUUCAAAUAUGUCAUCAGCCACUUGAACAGGGUGAGCCAGAACAACAAGAUGAACUUGAUGACCAGUGAGAACUUGUCCAUCUGUUUCUGGCCCACGCUCAUGAGACCAGACUUCACCACCAUGGAUGCUCUGACUGCUACCCGCACCUACCAGACAAUCAUCGAGAGCUUCAUCCAACAGUGUGCAUACUUCUUCUACAAUCAGCCACUGGCUGACGGCCUCCCUGGCUCCCCCACGGCUACGCUCUCUGGAGGAGGAACCUCUGCCUACUCCUGCAUGGCUGGAGGCUACUCAUCCUCACCAGCUCCGUCCCCAACUCCCUACGUCCUCCCUGCCACUCCACCUGUUAUUCCUCACUAUGGUCCUCCUAUCCACCAUCAUUCCCAUCAGCAUCAGUCCCCAUCCCAUUCCCCGCCUCCUACUCCCCAGUCGCCGCUCCCGGCCCUGCUGCCGCCCUCCCUGCACCCGCAUCACCCCCCGACAGAGCAACACACACUGUGAAUCAGGGAUCAAGGGAAAGCGGAGGGGGAAAAAGCAGAAGGAUAACAAGAUUCAGUUUAAAGGUUUCAGAAUGAGAGAUUUUGAAGUUUUGGGAACGAUGUGAAGGAGAUGAAUUGAAGUAGGAAGUUGGGAGAGAGCGAGUGAGAUGCAGUAUGUACAGGGAGAAGAAGGGGGGCAUUUAUUUCAGCCUUCAGUGCUUUCAGAAAAACGGACACACAGAAGCAAGGAAGGAGAAACACUGAGGAGCCUUUGAACUGACAGUAUGAUCUUUCUCCCUCCCUGCCACUUUAUCCCUUUCUGUCUCUCAGUCUCACUUCAUCUAGAUCUGCCCUCCUUGCCUUAUAGCAAAUCUACAGACAAACAGGCAAAUGAAGAGUCAGAUGUAUCAGUAAUUGUUAAAGGGACUCAGGGAGGGACUAAGAAGUAAAUUACAAGGGUGAAUGUGUAGUCCUUUAUGUUGGGAUUGCUUCAGCGUACACACAACCAUGCACUUAAUGCAAACACCCAGUGGCCAGUGUGCCUCCAACAGCCAUUCUCCUCAGUCCCUUAGCUUCUGAUUGUGCUGGGAAAUUUGGUGGCCUGCACACGUUUGUUUUUUCUUUUUCUUUUUUUCUUUUUUUCUGCAAAUCAAUCCACCUGCUGUAUGUAAUUGGAGGCUGCAUCUGAGACAAAGUGGAUAAGAGAGCCUGAACACACAUUUGUUUCUUUCACCACUGUACAGAGGACUUGAGCAAGAGACACGAGUUGCUGCUCACCCAACAGGAUGUUCUCCUCGAUCACAAAUUCCUAUCUGUCAACCCUUUACUCUGCCGCACACACACACACACACAAAAUCAGUUUUAGUUGAGGCAGUACGCCAAGCACAUUUAAAAAAAAAAACAAAAAAAAACAAAAAAAAAAAACUCACCCGACUGGAUCUACUGGGCAGCAAAUUAGAGCAAAGGAUUGUGGGCACUGUGCUGUCUAUGCAUUUUUGGGAAGGCUCCUCCCACUCUCUGUCACUUUGAACUUCAUCCUCAUGCUCUGUUCUCGUAAACACAAACAGCUUAAAAUGUGAUUAUUUUAUUUUAUUUGGUGAAAGCCUUCAGUCAACGUUCCCAUUACCACUGUCCCCAUUUGUUUUUAUUAUGUUGUUCAUUUAUGAAAAAUCCCAGCCGAACUGGCAACUAGUGUAAUGUGUGGCUGGCUGGCUGGCUGCUUCCCUGAGCACACCUGUAUCCCUGACGUUUUGUUGAAAUUCCCUGCAUUAGACAGAGAGUGGAAAUAAUUCCAGGUUUGGAUCCCCGCCUGUCAUGUUUCUUCUUUCACGCUGUGGUGGAUUCACGAGUGAGCUGGUGCUGCAGUUUUCAUACCAAGGACCUUGUUCAUAAAGCACUUUUCUGAGCACUUUUAAGGCACAUUUUAAAUUGGAGCUGCCAUGACAUGACAGCCACUGUUCACUUUAUUGUCAGUCCACCUUACUGUCUCUUUCUGAGAGCACACCACUGACAUCUAGAGGAAGAAAUGGGUAUUGCCGUUGCUUCCACUGCUGCAUGGGCGUAGCAUCCUUCUCCUACUGUGGUUUGUGUUGCUUCAGAUUCUCUCUUAGGUGCAAUUGUCAAGAAUAAUCUGUCAAGUAGGUUAAACUUAGGUGUAAAAUUAUAAAUUAAGCAACUGUGGCAGUUUUAAAUCUGGUAAAAAUCAGUUGAGAUUACAUAGAUCCUGACAGUGGAACCGCAAAGCAUGUGGCCACAUUGCAGUUGGUUAAGCAUGCAGUGAAUGAAAUUGCCUUUGUGUCUUUAGUUGUUAGUCCCCUGUGGGCACAGACUCAACAUUCAGCCCUUUGUAAAGGAGUCCAUUCCACUACCCAGAAGUUAUUUUAGAGAAAGAAUAUGAAGCCUUAGAGACUGAGGCACAAUGUAGCAUUACAUGCAAGAAAUAAGAGCUGGAAGUAAGGCUCAAGCCUUGAGAGGUGGGAGGCUUUUUAAUCCUUGGAAAUUAUUGGUAACCGCUGCUCUAGGCCCCAGCGUGUUGUCCUCUCAUGAGACAGUGUUUAGAGACAUGUCUCUAAAACAAAGAUUAAAACCUGCUCUUGGUGGACGCAAAAUGUAAUUUGCAAGAGUGCAACCACUACGCCAAACUCCCUCCAUCGUGACUGUUACGCCGCCGCUUCCCCUCGUCAUUCGCUGUCCAAGAGAGACAGUUGGGUCCGGGAGAGACAGCAGACAGAACAGACAGUCCAUUCAUCCGUCUGCAUGACUCGAAUGAAUUCCUCUGCUCACAGCCUGCUGUUACCGUAGAAACCAGCAAGAUGGGGCUCGAGGAGAAUUGCUGAGCCCCGAUCGAAGCAGGUUUUGCAGUGCGUGUGCAUUCAUGCACGUGCUUUGAGUUUGAGUAAGAAUGUGAAGUUAUGCGUGUUAAUGUUAAGCAGAUGCUCACUGAGGUCACCUGCUCUGUUUGACACUAAAUUGCAUCUUUGCGCGUCUCUCUCUCUCUGCCCAAAGAUAUAAGAAAAAAAACAUUCAGCCAGUCACUGAACUCUUAAAGGAGCUUUUAUCAGUCCACACUACCUAUUUACUGCGUGUGUGUGAGUGUAUGUACAGUUUGUGUGUAAGAGUGUGUGUUUGAGCAGGUCGGAGCUAACAUGCUAGCAAGCGUUGCUUGGCAAAUGGCCAGACACCAGUGUGAUCCCACCGAACGUGAAGGAGAGGAAUGCAGCUCCUCUCGCGGUCAUUACCCAACUGUGUAACCCUGUUAGCUCGUCCAGAUUACACACACUGAUCCUCAGUGAAAGUGUGAGAGAGGAUGGGGAGGGGGGAGCGAGAGGGAGGGAAGACAGACAGCAAACUGGUGAAUGGGAUCUUUAUUUGGGAGACGGAGGGAAGAAGGAGGGGUGCCCACUGGUACUUGUGUGUGAACGCCGGCCAGUGGCGUUCCCUGUGUAUAUCAAUGUGUUAAUACUGAACUGACUGUGAGGCAGCCAAAGACUGGAGGGGGAAAGGGUUGAGUGAGAGAUGGGAAGCAAAAGUGACAGUUUAGGAGAACAUUGGAUAAUUAAAAAAAAUUGAAAAUGUGACUUUGGUUGAGCGAUAAUUUGUGGCUGCAUUGCUUUCCUUUUUCUUGGUUUUUUUUUUCUUUUUUGCAACAAUGGUGACAGAUGUCUGUUAAGUUAAAUUCAGAAACAAGCAAAGCUAUAUUCAAAUGGUUGUUUAUUGGUAUGUUAGGGGGUCUAACACUUUUCCCUUUAGUCAGUGGUGAUAGAGAAACUUUCUUUUUAUGGUUUAUUUUAUUAAUUAAAAAAAAGAAGCAUUUUUAACAAUUUCUUGAUGAACGAUUGAGAGACCAGCCCAGUAUAGUGCAUGAUUUCUUCCGGACCAAGGAAGUGGGCUCCACCACUCUCACUAUUUAAGAGAUAAUAAAAAAAAUAUUAAGAAAUGAUGGGGGGUGGGGUGGA